GGCCUUUUAGGGAGAUUAAUGAAGGAUGUCCCGCUGGAAAUUUGUUAUGAGAUUUUCUCUUAUUGUGGUCCUGAAGAUCUUCUGCACCUUUCACGAACAUGCAAAGAUUUACGAAGCAUUCUGCUUCGCAAAUCUUUGGAAAGACUCUGGCGCACCACUCGAGAAAGCGCCGAUUCGGGCCUGCCCCCUCUACCGCAGGAUCUGAAUGAGCCCCAAUUUGCUCGCCUUCUCUUUGAUAAAAAUUGCCAUGUGCGU